AUGGCACAGAUAACGGAGACACUCUUCCCGAGCUCUGCGACGAGCGGUAUCGAAACCUGGGAAAUAUGGAAGAAAUGCGAACUCGUGAAUGCAUUAUGGCCUCACGUCAGUAUGCAUCCGGACAAUUUGGCCGAAGGGGAUUAUGCAGCGUUCUUCUACUACAUUGGGAAAAUGGUUCAAAACUUUCACUCUCACAGGAUGGGUUUUGCUUCACAAGACUUUGGAAGCAUUCUCAGAAUAGUUCAGACACUGCGAGAAAAUCAAUCCCUGACCCUUGAGCAGAUGACUGCAGAAGUCAAAAGGAGUUACUUGAAUGUAUCCGACUCGGCUGUUUGCCGAUCUAUAGAGCUGGCCAUCCGGCUGUGGCUUUGCCUCAAUGUAUAUGCACAAGAUGGCCAAACCGUUGGAACUAUAACCCCGCGAGAUACUCGUGUCUAUUGGAAUAAAAAUGAACAGCUUGGUCGAAUGGUGGAGUCGCAGUUCCCCGAGGAUCGAGGAAACGUCGCAAUUGGAACAUCUCAGUUUCAGAUCGAUACUUUUUUCACGCUCGCAAAUCUAAAGGCUAUCUGCCGGCUACGCAUCAGAUGGACAAACAAUUUGAGAGACCAUCUCAGAAUAGAGGGAAGGAGGGGAAGACGCAUCUUGUCGGUCUAUCAACACAAGGUUUGUCUCGUCAACCACCACCUUGAUCCGCAAUCAUUUAUCCCAAAGCCCGUUCUGAGUGAGGCCAUUCGUACUCUUGAUAUCUUGCUCCCUCUCGGUGACGCCACGACAGAGAGGUUAUUAGCGCAGUCAGGGGUUUCGAUGUGCGGCCCGUUUGAAGCGCGCCGCAUGCACGACUUGGACGAGUUCAAAUACUGGAGAAAUAAUUUAGCACAGCUACUCGAGAUUCUCAACGGCCCCCCAGAGAGUUUCUCCCAAACCCUGCUAGACACGAGGAAUAUUGCGCAAUGGGCUACUGUAUGGAUCGCUGUAUUCGGGAUUUUUCUUUUGACUAUUGUAUUUGGUGUUCUUGCUACUGUGUAUUCUAUCAAACAAUACCGGCUGGCGGCUGUCUCAUACGAGAUAUCCGUGAAAUCAUUCCAACUAUCUCUAGCGGUAGCCUGCCAGCAAAAGACAGCUCCAUUACCAGGAUUUUGUGACUAA